AUGGCUGCUCCAUCACAACCAACAAAAGAACCGGGACCUGCCGAUUUUCAAUUACCCGAAUUUAAAAAGUCACACAAAACAGAACAAUUAACAACAGGCUGGGGUCGUCCGUUGGGUGACCGAGCCAAUGUACAAACAGUCGGACCACGUGGACCUGUGUUAUUACAAGAUGUUGCAUAUAUAGAAGAUAUAGCAAGAUUUGAUCGAGAAAGAGUUCCAGAACGAGUUGUUCAUGCAAAAGGAGGUGGUGCAUUUGGUGUAUUUGAAGCAACUGAUGAUAUAUCGGAUGUGUGUAAAGCUAAAGUAUUCAAAAAAGGAACACAAACACGAGUGGCAAUGAGAUUCUCAACUGUUGCUGGUGAAAGUGGUUCAGCUGAUUCAAAUCGUGAUCCCCGUGGUUUUGCCAUCAAAAUGUAUACAGAUGAAGGCAUUUGGGAUUGCGUUGGUAACAAUACACCAAUAUUCUUUGUUCGGGAUCCGUUUUUAUUUCAAAUGUUCAUUCAUUCACAAAAACGUAAUCCAAAAACUCACUUAAAAGAUGCCAAUAUGGUUUGGGAUUUCUUUGGUAAUAAUCCUCAAGCAACACAUCAAUUUUUAAUCUUAUACUCAGAUCGAGGUAUUCCAGAUGGAUUUCGUCAUAUGCAUGGUUACGGUAGUCACACCUUUAAAAUGGUGAAUGAUAAGAAUGAUUUUGUUUGGGUUAAGUUUCAUUGGAGAUGUGAUCAAAAAAUUAAAAAUCUAGAACCAAAAACAGCUAAAUUUUUGGCCGGUGAACAGCCAGAUUAUGCACUUCAGGAUUUAUUUGAUUCAAUUGCUCGCAAAGAUUAUCCAAGUUGGACACUGUACAUUCAAACUGUGACAGAUGCACAAGCGAAAAAUCUCCCUUAUAAUCCGUUUGAUUUAACCAAGAUAUUUUCUCAAAAAGAAUUUCCAUUGCGUAAAGUUGGUAAACUGACAUUGAAUGAAAAUCCUGAGAACUAUUUCACACAAAUUGAGCAAUUAGCCUUUUCACCAGCCAAUAUGCCACCUGGUAUCGAAGCAUCACCAGAUAAAAUGUUACAAGGACGUUUGUUUAGUUACACGGAUACACAACGUCAUCGUAUUGGCGCAAAUUUCAUGCUUAUACCAGUCAAUAAUCCCGAAACAAACAAAAAUGUGAAAGUUUGUACUUAUCAGCGAGAUGGUCCAAUGAAUACAUCACAUAAUUAUGGUGGAUGUCCAAAUUAUUAUCGAAAUGAAUUUCAUGGUCCUGAUGUAACAUCACGUCAGGCACAUCUGGAACAUGCAAUGUAUGAAGUUGGUAUGACUGAUCGAUACCAGUCAGAAGAUGAUGAUAAUUAUACUCAACCACGCGUGUUUUAUACGCAAGUAUUAGAUGACCAAGGUCGUAAGAAUAUCAUCAAUAAUAUGGUGGAGCAUCUCGAACAAUGUACAGAUAAAGAAGUUGUUAAACGUGCCGUAGCUGUUUUAGCCAAUGUUGAUGAUGAUUUCGGAAGAACACUGGCACAAAAAUUAAAGAUUGAUCCACCAAAAAAGGUGCGGCUAAGGAAGUAG